ACGCAAGUGACUCUUACCUGUUGUAAGUAGUACAAAUCAGUAACAAAUACAUAUAGAAAAAGGUCAACAUGAAGAUCAUUCUCUGCUUUGCUCUGGUAGUUGCCUCUCACGCUCUACCCAAUGCAGAAGUUCCAUAUUUGACUCCCUUUCUUGCCAGCACGCCCAUGGACCAACUCCAAGCCUUUAUGAGACCAAUGCAGACGCUGCCUACCAAAGUACACGACGUGAGUCUGGAAGACACCAUUCCAGAGUCUUUCGAUGCUCGUGAGCAAUGGCCUGACUGUCCAUCCAUUGGAGAUAUCAGCGAUCAAGGGACUUGCUGGGCCCCUUGGGCUCUUUCAGCUGUUUCAGUUAUGUCUGACAGGAUCUGUAUCCACUCUAAAGGCGAAAAGAAAGUAAAAGUCUCAGCGGAAGACUUAUUAGAUUGUUGUGAAGGUUGCAGCAUCGGCUGCCAUGGAGGAUACCCGGAGAAUGCUUGGGAUCACUGGGUAAAAAAUGGCAUUGCCACCGGUGGAGCAUACGGAGACACAGAUGGCUGCAAAGCUUAUGCUUAUGAACCUUGCAAUGGUUACUACUUCGAAGAUUCCGAAAAAGCAGCUUGCGUAGUUGUAGACGACAUACCAACUUGCGUCAAGCAGUGUGACUCUAGUUCACUUAAUUAUGAAAGUGAGCUUACCUUUGGUAAGAACGGCAGCGUUUACGCACUUGGUCUUGAAGAUGCUCAAGUACAACAGGAAAUCAUGACCAAUGGGCCGGUGCAAGCGCUAAUUGUAUUGUACCGUGAUUUUUUCAACUACAAAAGUGGUGUUUACGAGCCACCAUCAGACGCAUAUCCUGUAGUACUUCAUUUUGUCAAAGUGAUAGGCUGGGGUGUGGAGAACGACACUCCUUACUGGCUAGGAGCUAACUCCUUUAACACUGAGUGGGGCGAAGAGGGAUUCUUCAAGAUUAAUCGUGAUGUCAAAUCUAUACGAUUGCUUGCAAUUUUCGGCGGAUUGCCGGAAUUGUAAAUAUGUAGAAGUUACCUUCUAAUUGGAGUGCCAUGUUAUACAAUUAAAUGCAUUAACAAAUC